AUGGAUGUACAAAGAAAUUUGGCUCAGAUAGUAAAAUUGAUUGCUCCACCAAACGUAUCUUUUUAUAUUAUCAAUAGCAUUGCAGAUGAUUUAACUAACUUUCUACAAUCUCCAACAAAGACUAUUCCAAGAUUGGAGUCCAUUAUUUUCGGAAUUAAAUCUAAAUUUGGUGCCUCUACACAUCACGAAACUAUUUGGAAAGCAUUUGAGGAUAUAUUAUUUCCAUUGGUAUCCAUUAGAAAUCCAAAAGAUAUGGCAGAGUACUUAAACCAAGGUUACCAACAAUUGCGAAAUUUUACUCAAACGUAUAAAAACACAUCACAUAGUGUUUCAUCCAUUUCCUUAAAUCCCGAGAUGUUAGAAAAUAAUUCUAGUAAUUUACAAGAUCAUCAAAUGACACCAAGUGUUUAUGCUGAGUCAUUUGAAACCUUAGACAAGCUUUCUGAUAGACGUUCAUUAAUGUCGUCAAUGCAUAAUUAUGGUGCUGGAGAAUUGUUAGAUAAUAGUACUUUAAAGGGUCUAACGAUACCAUACUAUUCAAAGACAGUUCCAGAGAAGGAUAUAAUAAAAUCCAUACCGUACACACUGUUAGGAAUAACGUCUGAUAUGUUUCCUGUAGCGAACGAAAUGAUUAUAAUACCAUUUAAUAUACCGAAUGCUAUUAGUGGCCAAUUACAUCUCUUAUUUGAAGGUGGAUUAAUAUAUCGAAAUAUUAGUUCAAGGAUUGAAUACUACAAACAUGUUAAUAUUUCUCCUCUUAAGCAAACACUGAUACUAGAAGUGGAAAAAUAUCUGAAUAUAUAUUCCGGUUUAGUAAAUCAAUUAGCCUCCUCUGGACAAAUUAGGAGCCUGAAUGAUUUAUAUACGCAUCUCUAUGAUGCGAUUAUUCAAUUAAGAACGUACUAUUUCAUAAUGCACAAAUUUCAGAUAUUAAGAGGUGAUGAACUACUUUCGUUAUUUAAUACAUCUAUGUCACACGGUGACAAAACAAUACAGAAUAUUAGUUCGAAACUCUACAAAAACCUAAUACAUCUUUACUUUAAAUACCUGAGAAAUUGGCUUUUAUUAGGUAAACUUGAUGAUACUUACAAGGAUGAAUUCUUUAUAAAAAGAGAUACAAACCCCAACAACUUAAAUUUUAUUAUACCAUUUAUAUUUGAUAAACAAAGAAUACCGAAAUUUCUUCCGGAGAAUACAACAUACAAGAUCUACAUAAUAGGUAAGACUUAUAUUUUUAUUACUGAUUUUUGUAAGGAGUUACAGUGGGCCAACGAUUUUACUAAAAAAUAUACAUACCGUUACGAAACUUUGGAUUGUUUUUCAGCUUCUUUUUCAAACGAAUUGAUGGAUUUAGUUAACGAGCAAUACUUGGAAAUUGUAAAACAUUCAUAUUAUAUUUUGAAGUCUAAAUUUUAUUACGAAGAGGUUCUUUAUAUGUUGAAAAAUGUGUUAUUAAUGGGUAGAAGUGAUUUUAUGGAUGUAAUAUUUUUAAAAUCCCAAAAUAUUUUAAACCAACAAGUGAAACGCUUAAGAAAUUAUGCAUUUGCUAGGAUAUUACAGGAAUCAAUCGAUGAAUCAUCAUUAAGAAAUGCAUUAAAUAAAAUUGAUAACAAUUUUAUAGUUGGAAAAAUAGAUGCUAGAUUAUUAAAUAUGGGUCAAGAUUUGUUAGGUUGGGACGUAUUCACAUUAGAUUAUGUUAUUCAUCCUCCACUUUCAACUGUUUUAAAUGUAAAUAGACCCGAUGAGAGAAAGGAAUAUUUACAAAUCUUUAAUUUUCUAUGGAGAUUUAAAAGAAUUGACUUUUUCACUAAUAAAGGUAUGUUAGAUACUAAAGAAUUAAUAAGAUCUUUUAAGAAAAAUACCCAAUUUAGUCCAUUCAAUAAAGAUAUCACUAGUAAAUUAUCUAAAUUAUCGAUACUAAGGUCACAAAUACAACAGUUCAAUUACAAAAUCGAAAAUUAUUAUCUUCAAUUUGUCAUCGAGAAGAACUUUAAGUCUUUAAUGAACAAUUUACAAUUAAACAAGAAUAACAUUAAAACGGUUGGUACGAUUGACUCUACAAAUUUCGUCAAUGGAAAUAUUCGAUUUGAAGGAAUUUUAAAACCAAAGAAUGAUUUAUCUAUGUUUGGUAUUUCAGAUAAUGAUUAUUUCACAGAUGAUUAUCCUAAUAUUGAAAAUUUGAAUGACUUACAUAACAAAUUCCUUGACAAUAUUUUACAACAUAAAUUAUUUUCAUCUACGGAAGAAGGGAAACAUUCAAAACAACCAUAUUCACGUUCACUAAUAUUCAUCUUUGAAGAAAUUCUACAAUUUAUUGAUCAUUACUCAUCUUUAUGUGAAAUUGCAUAUAACAUUUUUUUGCAAAUCAACCUUCAGAAUAGUACUGAAGUCAAUACAUUGAUUGACUUGUUUAAUACCAAAUCACAUAAAACGGUACAUACGUUUAGACGUUUCCAAAAGGCGACUUAUAUGUACAUUGCAGAUCUAAGAGAUGAUGGAGAUAAUGAAUUGAAUCAAUUAAGUAGGAUGCUUAGAUAA